AUGCCAAAAAGUUUUAUGGAGUCAGGAUAUGGUGAUACUGCUCUCACAGGGGAUGCAACUGAAAUUUGGAUCUCCCAAUCAGAGAACUUUGAUAUUAAUAAUAUUACAUUCUCGAACUACAAGAACCACACUACAGGGAAGAUAUGUUUGUGAACCCUUCUCCUGGUUUUUUAACUCAAAUGUACCUAUGCAUUUCCUGGCAGCAUUAGUGAUGCUGACAUAACAGAGCAAUCGUGUGUGCUAGAUACAAUCACAAAAGGGAAGACAGUUAUGACUGACAAGGGCUUUAAUAUCACAGAUAUUUGUCAUGAGAAAGGCCUGUUACACAAUAGACCUCCAAUGAAAUUUUCUCAUCAAUUUGAUGAGACUGAGGUCGUAAAGAACGUUAACAUUGCAACAUUGAGGAUCUACAUUGAA